UGUGCAGUUAGUAUACACAUCAAUCGUUACACGUUGUUACAAUGAGCGAUGAUUCACGUACAUGUAUUGUUCAAUCAACUGGGUGGAGUCACCUAGAUCGGUCAUUUUUAAUUAAUUGAUUUAAUUUUGAUUGAUUUAGAUUUUGAAAAUAUUACCUGUCUGAGGUUCUGGCCUCAUGCUACAGUAUAGGAACCAGUCAACCAUCUGUUGCUUCCAACUGCACAUGUACAUAUACACUGCGUGUUCUCGCGUCAGCUUCAGAAGAUGUAGCUACCACAGUUACCUGGAUUUACCCGAAUGUCACCAAUCUCUAAAGCAGACAUCAAAGCCUUCCAGAAUGUCAUCUGUCAUGAGAUGAUUAACUAUGAACUCAGCCAACCAGCGAGGACAAACUAAGAAUAAUCAGGGGAUGAGUAGAUCCCAAAAUAAACAGUGCCGUUCCUUCUGCAAUACUUGAUUGAGUUUUCUUUAAGAAAAACAAAAAUUGUCAACAAGUCAAGCCAUCCAGCAUUAUGCAUCACUCAUCUGGCUCCAGAUACAGGCAGCGGUCGGCUGAGGAACGGAUCCGUCGGAACGUUACCAACCCGGCCUACGUGACGGAGAUCAGCCAGUCCGACUACAGGGUGUCGCCGGCCGAGGCACUGACCAAAAUGAAGAUGUUGGAGCACUGCAAUGCGGCCGUCAUCAAUCCAGUAUUCCUGCCGCAGACUGAUCUUCCCGUUGACGAUCCAAAAAUCAAUGAUUUUAUAUGUGCGGAUAAGGUUGUGAUCAACCCGUUCUUUGGAAUGGGUGUGCCAGACUACAGUAAGCUAAGAGCACCACACAACGAGGCUGCACGAACCACAAUCCAUGCCCCACCUGAGAAUUGGGUGGAUCAGUUUCCACUGCACAGUGCUGCUUACGAGGGGGAUGCUGAAACGAUCAAGCAACUCGUCAGCGUUGGUUACCAUGCCGACCAGCCAGACAUGCACUCGUGGGUGCCGCUUCAUUACGCCUGCUGGAAUGGACAUGCAGAAGCCGUGAUGGCGCUACUGCAGAAUGGACGAUGCUCACCUAAUGCAGAGAAUGAGAAUGGAUCUACUCCUCUCCAUUUUGCAGCCUUCCGUGGCCAUACGGCUGUUGUACAGUUACUUCUAUCACACCCUGAUAUAGACAAGACGGUGGUUGACAAGGAAGACCGCACUCCUCUGAAGCUGUGCGAGGAAUCGCGGCAGAACGAGUGGGAGAUGGUGUCAGCUCUUAUCAAGGAAGCCACGCUGAAGCCGCCGGUGAGAGUCGAUAUCCACCUGAUGGACCUUGAUGGAUCACAUGUGAUGUUGGAUCUGCCUGCAGGCAGUAAUACCACCGUGUCACAACUACUCAAGCAACUGGAAUUACCCCGAGGUUGCCAACACGCCUUUGCAAUAUGGAUAGCAUCGCAAAGCUUACAUUUGCAGAUGAGACCCGAACACAAGCCAGUAUUACACGUCAAGCAAUGGAGCAUGAUCAUCAGGCAGCUGACCAAUUACAACCCGGAGACAGAGCAGCCGCUGCUGUACCUUAGACGGGAUGCGCUGCUCACGGUGGACGACGAAAGAGCGAUCAAAGAUGCACAUGCUGUGAAGAUGCUCUUUGAUGAGUGCCUCGUCAACAUACUCAAAGGCAUGUACCCAUGCAGCGAUGUGGAUGCAGUUACAUUAGCAGGGCUGUACAUGCAGAUUGUUUAUGGGGACCACGACCCUAGGAAACACAAGCCAAGUUUCCUAACCAACGUCAACCUGCGGCAUUUCUUCCCAGCCAUCAAGCUGGACACCAAGAGCCAAGGAGGGCGCUCUGUCAACUGGUCGCAGAAGAUCAUCGCCGAGCACCGUAACGUCACACAGAAGGGCGUCAAAGACGUUACUAAACUGCAGUUGCUAUACUUGGAACACUGUCGCAGCUUCAGCAUGUAUGGCUCGGCAUUUUUCUUCGGUUCAGCUCAACUGGGUCCGUCACCGGGCAGACAGUCUGGUUCCAACCGGUCGCCGGCAGUCUUUGUCGGGGUCAACUCGAGGGGUAUUCACGUCAUCAAUGCAAUCAGUAAGUCCAUGAUACUAAGCGAGAACUACAGACAGGGUCUAACGUGGCAAUGCUCUCCCGACAUGCAGACACUCAAACUACACAUCCAGGACCACGGAGGCACAAUACGCGCCAUGCCCAUCAGAUCCAAGCAAGCUGCAAUCAUCGGCAACCUAGCCAAUAAGCUCUCAGGACGACAACCUGUUCCCAGCACUCAGCCGUCGGUGACGAUUGGCAGGACAGCCAGCUCCUGAACCCAGCCACGAGAGGGCACCGACCCCUUCAAACAACUCGGCCCUGAAAAACUGAAAAAGAAUAGAACUCAGCCAUCUGUAUGUGUGUGUGUUUGCAUGAACGUCAAAUGUUAUUUGCACCUUUCUUGCAACAUUUGUGGGACUACUAUUCUAGAUGCUGGUGUGGCACAGUAUAUUGACUCCAAGGGAUGAGUGCACUUAUGGCUGUAAUGCACAUGACUGAGUGCACAGCCAACAUGGAUAUGAGAGGUUUGGAGUCCACAUUUCUUAUGACACCGGCACCGGUCUUUUCCAGUGAUAUUGCUGAAAAUAAAUGGACAGUCCUUGCUUUUAAGACACCUCUACAUUUUUGUGUCACUAAGUUUUCAAUCUUUUUACAAGGUGUGUCUCAUUCUAAAGUUACUUUUGCAGCCUUCGGAAAUCUUCCUCUUGCAAAGCUGAAAGACUGAGGAAUCUUUUGGUGGAAGGCAUUUCAAGGAAAAUGUGAAAUUCUUACCAAUUUUGGAAGUUAAAAGACAAACAAAAGCAGAGUCCUAAAAGUAAGGAUUGCCAGUAAAUGGGAUCUACAUGUACCGAAAGAUGCAGGCUUGUACAUGUAGGUGUCAUUUUCUCACAUCAGCAACAGUAUGAUGCAGUGAAGGAUACAGUUGUAGAAUUGCCAAGGUGUUCACAAAUAGCCAAGGGAAGCUUUCAUAACUUUAUCCACUAAAUACUGUCAUAAUUCCAUUACAGUACUCCAUACAUACCCAGCAGUUCCACGUAGCAUUUAGUCAUUCAAUGAAUGACCCAUUUAACGUACACGUGCGAGUGCAAAUCCCAUGUCUGCCCAAGAUGCAGGUGUGUUGCAGGGGAAAAAUACAUGUUGUGUGUGUGAUGUAGUAAGCAAUGCAUGGGUGCUCGCAAAUUUAUAAUUUCAGCUUUCUGUGAUUUGAUCAGUGAGGUAUCAAAGCUGUGCCACACAAAGUUGUGCAAACUCAAGUCACAUUUUGAAAACCAAGCUUUUGUCAGCUUGGUGAUUUGUGGAUAAGCACUCUAUUUCACAUACAAACUGCUCAACUUAAGUGAUUUAUAGCAUAAUACACAGACAACGGCUUAUCGGCAGUCGACAGACAUGUCAAACGAUUGUGGCGCAGGUUUUCAACUGUUCCGACAUUUGGCAAGUAAAUUCUAAAACAUUUAUAUGAGAAUGUUGUUAUGCUACAAGUAAUUUGUAAUCAAACGUUUAUAUCGGGGAAACUAUCGAUGACGCCUGACUGCCACAAACCAAACCUUGACAAUGUCAGUUUGGUAUUCAUGGAAAAGAACCAAAAAAGCAACGUGUAGCUGACAUGUCAGAUAUGUGCACAGCAAUGUAUGUUGGAACCUUUUUAGUUCCAUACCCAGUUCAUGGUUCUUACCUCAAGUUCUUCUGCUGGCUGCACCCUCAGUUGUGAUAACGUAUUUAUGGGGUCUGAAGUCCACUUGUAUUCCCGGUGUGUAGAAAUUCCCCUCAACAGAAACAGGUGUCGGUGGUAGAAUGUUUCAGCUGGACUCCUGGUACAUGUUAGAUGGUACAUUCCUAUAGAAAUGGGUAGCACUUGUUCAACACUACUUACGCUAAGCGUGCAUGAACCUGUGUGUGUGCAGUGCAUCUCCACCCAUAGGGACAUUGUGGCUGUUUAAAAAAGCAUGCCAUUUUACUUACUCGAGGAGCAGAUGGACCAAUUAGGACAUGCAAUUGCUGUACACUCAGGCUGGCCCCCAAUGAAGGGUUAAGCACAACACAAUUUAUGCAUGUGAUACCAUUCAGAACACCAAUUUCAAGACCCAUUCAGUUUCAAGGCAACUGAGCAGGGAACCAGACAUGGCACUGAUGGACUUCCUAGACAACCCUCCCUGCCUACGUGAAGAUGAACAAGACAUAGAUAAAAUGGAUGGAUCAUACACAGUCCCCACAAGACCAACUGUUAGCCACAUCUGAGUCAAAGUUUAAGAGUGGUCAUUUAAUCAUUCUGUGCCAUAGUUCACUGGCUUAACGAAUAGCAAAAUACGACCCACCACUUCAAAACCAGGCUGAAGAUGUCUAAGCUAUUAUCUGCAAAUGAUACCAAUAAACAUGAAAACAGCAACAACGCAAUAUUCCACAACUUUCACUGCCUGUAACCUCCCAAGCUUUCUGCAGACAAAUUUUUCUACUCUGGAUCACUUUGAAGAAUGAAAAUUAACGAUUGGGGAGAGGAAUUGUUAAAUGUUAACGUUACCUACUUCAGCCUGUUUUUGGAAUGUGGGAUCACAAAUUUAUUUGGUGUUAAAGCAGGAGGUCAUGCCAAGAUGUUACUGUUUCAAAUACACAUGAAAUCUACCAUAUAUUACUAAUUUGGUAUUCAAAGCUGUUGCCCUGUUUUAAAUAUUUCACGUUUUUCUGUGUCAAGUAAAACUGUCACAUGUAAAUAAAGGGAGAAACAAG